CUAUCCGUGAUAAAGCCAAGGCUAAACAGGAAAAGAAAAACCAAGAAUAUUGUGAUAAUUGUCGCCAAGCGAUUAAAAAGUAUAAAGACGAAAAUGGUCAUAUAGUUUCAGGAAUAGGAAGUGUAGACCAAGACGGAAAUCGCCAUAAAUUUUGCUCGAAAGAGUGUAAAGGAAUUACCAAUAUUCGUUUAGAUUCUAACAGUAAAAAGUUAGUUUUAGAGUAUGGCAAAAAUAACUCCAAAAUUAUUGAGGAUGAUAAUUUAACUCCCGAACAAAAAGAAAUAAAGGAAUUUUUUCAACAAAUCGGCAAAAAUAGCCUUAGUCAAAAUGAAUUAAGAGAGGAGGUUGCAAAAGAAAAAGAUAAAAAUGGUGGGACUAAUAAGGACAAAAUUAAUGUGGUUGCUUAUCAAAAAUACCUCGAUUUUUUGGAAAAAUUAAAUUUAAGAGAGGAUUUUAGCAUGAUUACUACUCAUGAUGGAUUAGUCCUCUAUGCGACCAUUAUUCGUCCGUUAAUAAUAAAUAAAAACAAUAACAAGGUGGUCUCUUAUGAUGCCCGCAAUCAUGGUCUUUCGGGUCAAUCUUUCACCACCUUGGGACAAAUUGAGGCUUGUGAUUUACAAGAUAUUAUUGACUAUGUGAAAAAAAAAUAUCAGCCGGAAAAAAUAGGUCUUUAUGGCUUUUCCAUGGGAGCCGCCACUUUAAUUUUUUGA